AUGGCUCCAGCGGUCUGUGUCAUGCACGUUGCUAGUGGCACCAUCGCAUCACCGCCGCUCUCCCACGCACCGCGCGCACUGCCUCUCUUCUCCCGCGCUUGCUUGGACUCCGACGCGAAGCCAUCGUCGUCGCGACGCGGCUCGCCGCGACGAUUGCAAAGCCGUCACGGAAGCGCGCCGCGCAUUUAUAAAUGUGCCAUCUCUUCUCAUCACCCACUCUCGCGCCUACCCGCUGUCGUUCUCGACAUGGCACAGCAGCAGCGCGAGCGCGCACAGGAGCGCGAACCUUCCACAAGCGAGAUGUUAUCAGAACACGAAGAGACCCGGAAGCGCGAGUUCGAGAGCCAGCCGGGAGAGGUCAAAGAGGUCACCGUCACCGCGCCGGGCGGCGGCGGCAGCGAGAAAGGCGGCGCCCCGGGCGCGCCGAGCGUUGAGGGCGCCGCGACGGGGGAGAAAGAGGCGCCGUCCGCGACAGAGAAGGGCGCGGAGAUGCCCAAGGGGGAAGAGACGCCAUCCGCUAUGAAGGCGGGCGCGGAGAUGCUCAAAGGGGAAGAGACGCCAUCCGCUAUGAAGGCGGGCGCGGAGAUGCCCAAGGGGGAAGAGGGCUCCGCGAGCCGCGGGACGACGAAGCAGGGCGAUGACAUGCCGACGACGGCGGCGGGGAGGAUGGGCGGCGGCGUGGCGGCGCCUGAGGUGCCGAUCCGCAUGCGCGACGUGCUGCCCGAGGGGGAGGUGGAGGCGGGCGCGCUGGACAUGCCCGUGACGAAGAUGGACGCCGCUGCCAAGCAGAGGGAGGAAACCGCGGAGUUUGGUGGGCCCGUGAAGGGUGUCACAGCAGCAGCCUUGCAGUCAGCGGCGGACAAGAACGUGCAGGCGGGGGUGGUGCCGCCCCUGGGGGCAGAGCUGGCCAGUGCGAAGGCUGCAGAGGCCACCGCACAGGGCCGCAAGCUCGGAGCGGCCUGA